AUGUGCACCCCAACCCCACCACCACCAGACCCCUUACCACUAACCCCGCCAAACCGCCAAACACCCACACUCACAGAACAAGCCCAGGCAACAGCAUCAUACAUCCUCCAAAAGAUCGCCUCCGCCCUCCCAUCCUCUUCUUUCGAGGAAGGCAUUCACGUCCCGAGGAUCGCCAUCAUCGCCGGUUCAGGAUUGAGUAGCCUCGCCAAGGCAUUUAAUUCCUCAGAGAAAGAGGAGACAGAAGGAGAUACAGAGGAGGUGGCUGUCAAAGUAGAGAUUCCGUACUCAGAACUAGAUGGUUUUGUUGUUGGUGGUAGUAAGUCCCAACCUAUUUAUUCUUCUCCUACUUCCUCUUCUCCGUCUUUCUUCAAUACUUCUAUAUAUUCAAAGAAAGAAAGACCAUCCAAAGACCAUCCAAAGACCACCCAAAGGACCACCCAAAAUCCCCUCCCCCAAGCACCUCAAAACAACCACCCAAAAAAUCAAGAAAAAUCCAUAAAAGAAGAACCAUACCAUUUACUAACCCAACCCCUCUCCCCAACACAGCAUCCGGCCACGCCUCAACCCUAAUCUACGGCACCAUCGGUUCAGGCUCAGCAAAAACUCCAGUCCUCCUCUUGAGCGGCCGAGCACAGUAUGUUUUCACCUCCCUCCUCCUCCCCUCUCCGUCCCCUAUCCAUCCCCAACUAUCUCCCCAGAACCCCUCCCCAAGGACAGAAAUCCCACUUCCUAAUGAACAAACUCGCUAACAACAAUGGAACAGUUACUACGAAGGCCACCCCUUCUCUACUACGACCUUCCCUCUCCGUGUGUUGAAACUUCUUGGUGUGGAGACUUGUAUUAGUACGUCUCUUCCCCCUCGUUCCUUUUCAAGCCCAUCCCCCUUCAUCGUAAGCAAUUCAGUUUACUGACACAAGUUAAAAAGUCACAAACGCAGCUGGAAGCCUAAACAAAUUCUACAAUAUAGGAGAUAUUGUAAUUAUAAACGACGUACGUAUCACAAUCCCGCAUUUUGAAUUGGACAGUCUCUGAAGGAUAUAAUUCUUUGAAUUUGAAAUCUAUAAGCUAACUACAAGAGCAAAGCACAUCAACCUUGCCGGCCUCGCAGGUCUAAGCCCACUCCGCGGUCCUAAUCUUGACGACUUUGGUACCAGGUUCUUGGCUUUGACAGAUGCCUAUGAUCUUGAUCUGCGCCGCAAGGCACACUUGGCAUGGGCGAAAUGUAAUCAAGUCAAGAAGUUGAGUGAGGGUGUAUAUGCUUUUGCUGCUGGGCCUUGGUAAGUUUUUCCGAAGUCACAAGACCCGUAUAUGCCCUGUAUACAACUUGAUUGAUAUCAUGUUCCGGAAAAAUACUUCAGUUUGCAGGUUUAGCUAACUUACUAGUUACGAAACCCGAGCUGAAACUCGUAUGCUCUCCAUGUUAGGAGGAGAUCUGGUAGGAAUGUCAACCGUGCCAGAAGUCAUUGUAGCAAGACAUGGAGGAAUGAGGGUCUUUGGAGUCAGCAUUGUGACGAAUAGUGCUCUCCAUGACCCACCCCCAUUAGGAAGUGACCCAGACGUCGAGGCACACGUGACUAAUAAAGCCAUGGAAGCCGGUAGUACGAGUCAUACAGAAGUGCUGGCAGCUACUCAGACUGUUGCAGAUGAUGUUAGAGUACAUUUUUGCGCUGGCCCAAACCAGUUGAAAAUGCUGACAAUAGCCUCAGGAGCUCAUCGUAAAACUUGUUGAGCUGAUCGCCUCAGACAACCAAGUUGUAGCCUAA